GUCGGCAGAGUGGCAAAACCGUAAAAUAAAUUGCAAAAAAAUUUUAACCAUGUUUGGGUUUAUGAGGACUGUUAAAAGGCGAAAACCUCAUUGUUGUUACCAAAUUCCAGUCCACUGUUUCUCUCAGUCCUGCAAAACCAUUCUCAAUCGGCGGGGUUUCGUUUUUUCAUUUUUGUUUUUCGAGCGAAUCCUAUUUUACCGCUAAACAAACAGUGAGUGAUAUUCGAUUAUUGAUCACUCUGAAAUGUAAUGCACAUGAGUGCAUUUGAAUGGAUCUGUAUGCAUUCAGGAAGCGGCUGUCUCCGUUAAAGCUUUCGAAUCCGCGAGUCAACAACCAAGCCACUUGGCUCACCCACAUGAAAUCUGGGUUCAAUACGAUGAAGGUGAUAAAGAUCUUGUCUGCUUGUUUGGUAAUUCUUCCAGUUCUGGUCUCUCUCUCUUUGGUUCUUCGAAACCCACCUGCUGAUCAAGUCAAUGGAUUCGUUGACGCCAGGAUUUUAGAAAAAAAUGCUCAUAACGCAACCUCAACUGGUGUAGGUGAAGAUGGUUGGAAAAAUGGACUUAUUGCUUCUGAGUUUGACAAAAAUUCUUGCUUAAGCAAGUACCAAGCCAGUAUAUAUCGCAAAAUGGUACCCUUUAAACCUUCGUCUUAUCUCAUUUCCAGGCUAAGGAGUUACGAAAAACUCCAUAAACGCUGUGGACCAUAUACCAAAUUGUACAAUGAAACACUAGAGCAGCUAAAUUCUGGUCGUAGUGAUGGUCCCACUGACUGCAAAUACGUUGUGUGGAUAUCUUUUAGUGGCUUGGGAAACAGGAUACUAACCAUAGCAUCAGCAUUUCUUUAUGCUCUGCUUACAAACAGAGUUCUGCUUGUUGAUCCAGGAAAUGACAUGACAGAUCUAUUUUGUGAGCCAUUUCCAGAAACAUCAUGGUUUCUACCUCUUGACUUCCCUAUUAAAGACCAAUUCGGUGACUUGGAUCAGAAAUCUACUCGUUGUUAUGGGAACAUGCUGAAGAAUAACAAGUUGAACACCUCAACAGAAUCACUGCCAUCAUAUUUGUAUCUUCACUUAGUUCAUGAUUACGAUGAUCAAGAUAAACUUUUUUUCUGCGAUCAAGAUCAAAGUAUCCUCCAAAAAGUCACCUGGCUGAUGAUGAAAACAGACAACUACUUUGUCCCAUCUCUGUUCUUGAUCCCCUCUUUCGAGCAAGAACUGAACAAAUUGUUUCCUGAGAAAGGAACUGUUUUCCACCACUUGGGUCGGUAUCUUUUCCACCCUUCAAAUCAAGUAUGGGGUCUGAUUGUGAGGUAUUAUCAAGCUUACUUGGCCAAGGCAGAUGAGAGGAUUGGCAUUCAAAUCAGAACUUUCGAAACCAGCCCUGGUCCGUUCCAACAUGUGAUGGAUCAAGUUUUGGCCUGUACUGUAAAGGAGAAGUUGUUGCCUGAAGUAGAUACACAGAGUUCAUCAGUGCCUCCUUCAUCAGGAACUCCAAAACUCAAAGCUGUUCUUAUUACCUCUUUAAGUUCAGGAUACUUUGAGAUUGUUAGAAAUCUUUACUGGGAAAAUCCAGCAGUCACUGGGGACUUAAUUGGAGUUUACCAGCCAAGCCAUGAAGGACAUCAACAAACAGAAAAGCAGUUGCAUAACAGGAAAGCAUGGGCAGAGAUAUUUCUCCUCAGUCUGAGUGAUGUUUUGGUCUCCAGUGCAUGGUCAACAUUUGGAUAUGUAGCCCAAGGUCUUGGAGGUUUGAAGCCAUGGAUUCUCUAUAAGCCUGAAAAUCAAACGGCCCCUGAUCCACCUUGUCGCCGCGUCAUGUCGAUGGAGCCCUGUUUUCAUGCUCCACCAUUUUAUGACUGCAAGGCAAAGACUGGAAUUGAUACAGGCAAGCUAGUACCACAUGUGAGACACUGUGAGGAUAUGAGCUGGGGGCUUAAGCUGGUUGACAGUCAUGAUGAAUUAUAGCUUGGAUUUAUUUGAAUUAUUGGACAUUCUUUUCACCAAUUUUGCACAUAAACAUUGAUAUAAAAAUGGAAGUAAAUUAUUCACUAUAAAGGAACAAAAAAUAAAGAGAAAAAAAAAAUAGAGAAGUAAAUUUUGCUGUUGAGGUUGAGUUUUGUAGAAAUAUUAUACUAUCCUUUUGUUUUAUUCUAUUUUUGUUUAUGAUU